AAACGGAAGAAAUUUCAGAUAAAUUCUGAUGAGGUGGCCACGUCGUAACUACGGCACACGUCUCUAAAAAUGCUGCAAAACCCACAUCUCACUCCAAACCUCCCCCACCUUCUGGUUUUCCGGCCAUUUCCAGUGUUUCCUGGCACUUCAACUGGUUUUUCCGGCAAAAGCGGUACAAAUUUCUUCAUAAACAUGGCACCAACCUCCUCUGAAACCCUCAUACUUAUCGAUCGCAAACCCAAUGGAGUAGCCUGGAUCACAAUUAACAGGCCAAAAUCCUUGAAUUCUCUAACUAGACCCAUGUUUGUGGACCUAGCUAGAGCUUUCAAGUCUCUUGAUUCUGAUGAUUUGGUGAAGGUUAUUGUGAUUACAGGGUCAGGAAGGGCUUUUUGCUCUGGUGUUGAUUUGUCAGCAGCUGAAGGUGUGUUUAAAGGAGAUGUGAAGGAUGUGGAGAAUGAUCCUGUGAUUCAAAUGGAGAGAUGCAGGAAACCCAUUAUUGGGGCCAUUAAUGGCUUUGCUGUGACCGCUGGGUUUGAGAUCUCUCUGGCUUGUGAUAUUUUAGUGGCUAGUACCGAUGCCAAGUUUGUGGAUACUCAUACCAGGUUUGGGAUAUUUCCGUCAUGGGGCCUCUCUCAGAAACUUUCUCGAAUAAUUGGGCCAAAUAGGGCUCGUGAGGUUUCUUUAUCCUGCAUGGGGGUGAAUGCUGUAAAGGCAGAGAAAUGGGGUUUGGUUAACCAUGUGGUGAGCGGAACAGAGCUCCUAAAGAAGGCCGAAGAAGUUGCAGAGGCCAUUAUUAAAAAUGACGAGGGUAUGGUUCUUAAGUACAAGGCUGUGUUAAAUGCAGGACUUAACCUAAGCUUGGGUGAUGCUCUUGCCCUUGAGAAGGAGAGGGCUUACAAAUAUUAUGAAGGAAUGAGCAAAGAGCAGUUCCAAAAGAUGCAGAAAUUCAUCUCAGAUCGAAGGUCAAAGCCUGCUUCGAAAAUGUGAAUGUUCUCUUAUGUAAGGAAGGAAUAAUUAAGCUAGUCUGGCUUUAGGGCAUUGGAGAGAGAGAGAGAGAGUAGAGGUCUAGAGUUUUUUUAUUUUUUGGGUAAUUCAGUGGGGAAGACAGGCCCCUACCCAUUUUUUUCAAUAGAUUAAGAAGUUACAUUUUAAACGUGUUGAAGGUGUUAGCAGUAAUGGAUACCACGAUGUGGUAGUUAGGUGUAGGGAUGCUACGACCGUGACUCAGCCCCUUUCCUGAGGUUUAUAGUUCAAACCAGAGUAUUUAACUUCUCUCUCUGAUAAAUAAAGUUGUUGUCCAGUGACUCCAUCCCACACAUGGGGGAAAAGGGGGACAUGUAGCCUGAGAAAUUGAAGAGACUAAUGACCAUAAUAAGAGAAGUUUUUAAACUCAGGCCAGUGAGUGGUGUAAAUGUUCUUCCAUUGAUGAUUGAAUAUAUAGUGCAAAACAGGCUACAGCAAUGGAAACCUCAACAUUCAGGUUUCUUUUCUUUUCAAUAAUUAAA